GGAACAUGUUCAACACUCCGUCCAAACAGGUUGUUAGUGUCCGAUUUGACCAUUAUUGCUUUCUUUUAAAAGUACUAGGACCGGUUUUUUUGCCCUGAUAUUUCUCUGUUCUCCAGCUUCAUUUCUUCCAUCGCACCGCCCCUGCCGGCAUAGCACUGUGCCGCACGGAGGCAGAGGAUCUCAAUCUUCCCCACUUCUCCCCAUAUUCUCUAUUCGCCACAUAACAUAGAAGAAUUAUAACUACGUACUAUGGAAACAGCUCUCUUCUCACCAUCUUCUAUAUUCGCCGACUCCGACUACAACUCUGCUGAUGAGGAGAUUACAGAUUCUCAAAACCAAAACUUCGUAGAGAGGAGCCACCAGUUUCCUGGGAUGGUAUUGCUUGUUCGAGAGUUUUGUUUCCACGAGUUGAAUGCAAAUUUACUUUGGCCUGGGACGUUUGCAUUUGCAGAGUGGCUAGUUGAACAUAGAUCCUGGUUGGAAGGUCUGAGGAUACUUGAGUUAGGCAGUGGAACUGGUGCAUUGGCCAUCUUUCUACAAAAAUCAUUUAAGCUUGAUAUCACGACAUCAGAUUAUGAUGACAAAUCUAUCGAGGAGAAUAUAUCCCAUAACUUCCAAGCCAAUGGAAUUUCACCUGCCCAUCCUCAUUUAAACCAUACAUGGGGAGAUGCCUUUCCGAUUCCCGACCCACACUGGGACCUUAUAAUUGCAAGCGAUAUCUUGCUGUAUGUUAAAGAGUAUCCAAAUUUGAUCAAAACGCUGUCAUGUCUGCUGAAAACGUAUACACCUGAAGUUAUUGACUCUGAUUCUCCAGGUUAUGAACAACAUGAUGUGUUGCCUGCAUUGCCCAGACCAGCAUUUCUAAUGAGCUGGAGGCGGAGAAUAGGGAAAGAGGACGAGUCACUGUUUUUUGUUGGUUGUGAAAAAGCUGGUCUUGAAGUAAAGCAUUUGGGAUCCCGUGUUUAUUGCAUUAAUCUUACACCUAAAUAAGAAACAGUGGAUCAAUUGGGAUGAUCUCUUGCUAGUGUCACUCCACUUGCAGCUUUAGACAAAUGAGUUGAGUUUUGUUUUGUACCCAACAGGCUCAAGUGAUCUGUCAAUCCUUGGGUGUUCCUGCAUAAAAUAAAACAAAAAGAAUGGUUUUGUUUUGUUUCCAAGAUUUAGGCUGAUUGGAGUGGUGAGGUAUUAGGAGUCCAAAAUGUUAAAAUGGCAUUUUUGGACUCCUAAUUUCAUACGUUGGUGGGUUAUGAAGGGUAGUAAAAAUGGAGAAGGGGAUGGAAGGGUUUAAAUUUGGAAGGUGUAUUGCCAGCCAAAAAGUAAAUGAAAAGGAAAUUAAAAUAAGAGAAGGGGCUAGCACGCAGGGUCAUACGUUGCUUGGAAAGAAAACAUGCUUCCAUCAUGGUGAUGUCAUUAUUACCCC